CCGAUGCGAUGCUAUAAAACGCAGCUCCCUCCUCAAUCGUCCUUCGACGACGGAUCAAGGCUCGGCGCGACCUAGCGUGAGAACGGCGAGCGGAGAGAGAUGGGGCAUUCGAACGUGUGGAACUCGCAUCCGAAGAACUACGGCCCCGGAUCCCGAGUUUGCCGUGUUUGUGGGAAUCCUCAUGGAUUGAUCAGGAAGUAUGGGCUUAUGUGUUGCAGACAGUGCUUCCGCAGCAAUGCCAAAGCAAUUGGCUUCAUUAAGUACCGCUGAAGAGGUUUGCUAUUGGUAGGGAUGGAGGCUGUGAAAUUGAAAGGAGCUCUUUUAUUUCACAUGUUCUUUUUCCAUAUGAACUCUGGUAAUAUGUGUGAUCUGCUGGAUUUUGUUCACCUAUUGAACCCUUAAAGACAGUUGGAACAAUGUAGUAAGCUAAAUUCCAAUGGUUUUAUCACGGUUAUCGAUGUCAUCUUUGCUAGGUUUUGACUUGGUUAAGACUUUUAUUGGAAUAUAUUUUAACCAUAUGAACAAGUUGCACUGUAAUGUUAUAGAUCGUUAAUGGUUGCUUCUGGACUUCA